AUGGUCCUUCGAGCCGGAUUCCAGGCAAUGACAAGUGCAAAUACAUUAAAUACAAAGAACACAAAAUCCAAAAUGACGGGUCAAUUAACUCAAGAAGAAAUGGACCGAGUCACGGAACUCACCAGGAUAAUGAUUCCGUUGAAAGGCCAGAACACAGUCAUGAGAGGUUUCUUACAGCUAUAUCACACUAAACCUCCGGAAUUGCCUGUUCUAGAAGCGAGGGUGGCAAAAUACCUCCAAUUAUACGAGCAUUUUGAGACCCUGAUGGAUGAAUUGGAUGAGCUGGACCAAGCGGGAAAAUAUCACAAACUAGCAGACAGAUUUGAAAUUGAAGCAACACAUUUUGAAGUGUUAACAGAAGCGGAGAGGGCAAAAAACCCUCCCCCAUCAGCAUCAGCAUCAACUAUUGAAGACCAAAAAACGAAUGCACGAACCGUUUCCGGUCUAUCUGUAUCAAGAUACAAAGUGAAAUUACCUGAAUCAAAGCUUCCUAUAUUCAAAGGUGAUGUAGGCAAAUACAUUAAAUGGAAAACAGAACUUAAUUCCGUGAUUGGCAAUCGAGACGACAUCGAUCCUGCCGACAAACUCAGGUUCCUCAAAUCAGCAUUGGAAGGCGAGGCAUACAACAAAAUUCAAAUGCUAGACUUAAAUGAUGCUAAUUAUGAGCGAGCAUGGCAAGUACUCGACAAGGUAUAUUAUGAUGAAAGAGUUAUCAUCUCUCGUCAUCUUCAUGCACUCUUAAGCCUGCCACGCCAGGACAAGGAGGAAGCCAGCGGACUUUCCAAUCUCGUCGAUAUAACACGGCAGCAUCUAGAAUCUCUGAAGUCAAUGGACGUAGACAUUGGAGAACCCAUCAUAGUAGCCUUACUUGAGCGGAGAAUCCAUAAAACCACGUUGGACGCGUGGGAUGAAAAGCAGGAACGAGACAAGUUCCCAAAGCUUGAUGACAUGUUGGAGUUCAUAUCCAGGAGAGCUUCCAGACUACUGACUCGUGCCAAAGACAAGCCAGUACAGAUGCAAACAAACACGAGUGCCAAACAAAACGCUCAAAAAUCAAAUACGCAGAAAAGGCUGCCACAAUCAACGCAUGCAUUUACGGCAGCCCCAAGCAAAGCCUGUCCAGCGUGUCAGGAAACACAACAUUUUUCCAUCUAUCGAUGCGAAAAAUUCAAGACAUUGCCAGUCACCGAACGAGUAAAAAUUGCUACUGAGGCAAAGGUAUGUCUAAACUGCUUAAAUCAUCAUGGGAAAAUUCCCUGUCGAUACGGGCCCUGCAAGCAUUGCCCCGAAUAUCAUAAUACAUUAUUACAUCGAGAUCAAAGCAAUUCACAAAAGACAACAGUCAUGACAGCAAGAACUCUAUCAAACCAGCUCAUGACUACUGCUAUCAUUCACGUGCUCGAUAAAUCACAGCGAGCCGUGAAAUGCCGUGUCUUCUUGGACACGGGAGCAUCAUCAAAUUUCAUGACGGAAAGAUUGACAAAUAUUCUCAAUCUACACCGCAAACCAUACAAAAUUCCAAUUGAGACACUACACGAGCUCAAUACAUUCACGAAAGACGUGGUGACAGCCACCAUCAAAUCAACACAAUCUCAAUAUUCAAUGGAGUUGAGUUUCCUCACGGUGCCACGAAUUGCAAGUAACAUUCCCAUGGAAACAAUCCAGAAUUUCAUGUACCAGCAAGUGGAUUUACUCAUCGGCACAGGGCCGACACUGGACCUUCUAAGCAUUGGGCAAAUCAAAUUGUCCUCACCAAACAGUCCACCACUAUCGCUGCAAAAGACACAGUUGGGAUGGAUUAUUGGUGGGACAAUGCCCACAGAGUCGAGCACCUCUGCACCAGCAAGAUGCCACUUUACAAAUUUCAGCCAGAAGAAAGAAGACAUCACCUUCGAUCUCCAACGAUUUUGGGAGAUUGAGGAAGGUCCCCAAGAAAAACAUUUAUCCAAGGAAGAACUUCAAACCGUGGAGCACUUCAAGCAGUCAUUCAGCAGAGAUAGUUCAGGGCGUUACACAGUCGCGCUCCCAUUCAACGGAAAAGAAAAACUGUGGGGUGAGUCCUAUUCAAUGGCAUUAAAAAGAUACCAUGGACUUGAACGUAAAUUCAAUCGCGAUCCAGAGCUUCAACAGCAAUAUUCUUCCAAUAUUCAAGAAUAUCUCCAACUUAAUUACUUGACCGAGGUCAAGGAUGCAUCAGAACCAGGUUUUUAUUUACCUCAUCACGCAGUAGUAAAAAAAGACAGUCUGAAAACAAAAGUACGCGUAGUUUACGAUGCAUCAGCUAAAUCAACUACCAACAUUUCCCUCAAUGAUUGUCUCAUGGUGGGACCAACAUUACAAGCAGACAUCUUCUGGUUAAUACUCCAAUUCCGUUGCCAGCCAUACGUAUUAACUGGUGACAUUGAAAAAAUAUAUUUACAAUUUUCAAUUAGACCAGAGGAUCGUAAAUACCAAAGGAUACUCUGGAGAAAAGCAAAUGGAGAGCUCGCGACGUUCCAACUCAACAACGUCACCUUCGGCCUGGCUUCAUCUCCAUUCCAAGCAGUACAAUGCUUGCAUCAAUUAGCAGACGAUGAAGCCCACCGAUAUCCAGAAGCAGCAGAAAUUUUAAAAACAAACGUAUACAUGGACGACUUACUCACAGGGUUUGAAACCAUUCAAGGAGGUAUUCUGGCUCGUGAAGCAAUCACCAGUCUCCUGGAGGCAGGAGGCCUAACUAUUCGUCAUUGGGCCUCCAACAAUUCUCAACUUCUUCAGGGACUACCUCCAGAAGCCAUUCACCAGACACUCCAGCUAGAUGAGGGAUCUACUCUCAAGACUUUGGGAGUAUUCUGGGAUGCUCAAUCAGAUUCCAUCGUCUACACAGUCAAACCAGUUGUCCAGAAGAAGACAAUCACAAAGAGAUUCAUCAUGUCAGAAAUAGCCAAAAUCUACGAUCCACUUGGUUUGCUGGGACCAGUCAUCCUCUCAGCAAAAGCCAUAAUUCAAAAAUUAUGGCAAGUCAAAAGCAGCUGGGAUGAAUCUGUUCCGGAGCACAUUCAGACAGAAUGGACAGAAUGCUGUUUACAACUCAACACACUGAAUCAAGUAUCAUUUCCACCUUUAUUCUGUGCUAAAUCACGAGUUGCACCCCUGAAGCUAGUGGACAUCCCACGUCUAGAGCUCUGCAGUGCUCAGCUGCUAGCUAAGCUUUUCAGUUCAGUGAAAGGUACCAUCAAGUCACCGAUCCAACGAACGAUCAUGUGGAGUGAUUCAAUGAUUGCACUCCAUUGGAUCAAUACAUCAUCUCAUCUGCUGAAGACAUUCGUGGGCAAUCGAGUAGCCAACAUUCAGGAGAUCACCCAGAGCUGCGAAUGGAGGCAUGUGCCUGGUACCAACAACCCAGCAGACGCGUUAUCAAGAGGUCAACUGCCUUCUCAAUUCAUCGAGAAUACCCUUUGGCAAAAAGGACCUACAUGGUUGGUACAGGGGCAGAACGCAUGGCCAGCAAACCCCAUCGUCCCGCCCGAGGCCGACAAGGAAGGAAAGAAGGUCAUCUGCUGUACUGCCAUCAAUCAAGACACGCAAAUAGAUCCUUCCAUCUUCGAAAAAUAUUCAUCAAUUCAUAAAUUGAAGAGAAUCAUGGCAUACUGUCUCCGAUUCAAGGUGACCAAUCACUUCAAAGGUCGUCUACAAGCACAGGAAUUGCAAGAAGCAGAAAAGGCCAUCGUACGAGCCGUACAGGAAGCUAAUUUUCAAAAAGAAAUUCGACAAAUUCAACUGGGCGAAUUAUCUCCUCGCAGCAAGCUACUCCCUCUCACACCACGUCUUGAUAAGGAAGACAGGUUGUUGAGAGUUGGAGGACGCUUGAAAAAAUCGAGACUUCACACCGAUGAGAAGUGCCCAAUCAUUCUACCCCAGAGGCAUCAUGUGACCACACUCAUUGUUCGCAGAGAGCAUCAUCUACAUGCACACGCAGGUGCCAUGGCAACCCUGUACGCAACUCGUCAGCGUUACUGGAUUGUCCAUGGGCGCAACGAAAUUCGACAAAUCUUACAACAAUGCAUCACUUGCGCAAAACUGAAUGCACCAGCAGUGGACUAUCUGAUGGGAGAUCUGCCAGCAGCUCGAGUAACCCAAGCACGACCAUUCCUGAGAGUCGGAGUGGACUACUGCGGCCCCUUCGAAAUCAAAGAAAAGAAAUUCAGAAAUCUAAAGAGAAUAAAAUCAUAUGUUGCAGUAUUUGUCUGCAUCGUCUCCAAGGCAAUUCACUUGGAGGUAGUAAGCGACAUGACGACAGAAUGA